GAGGUAAUUAAUAUUUUGUUCCUUAUCUUCGCGUCAUGUGCGUUUACGACUGCAAAUAAUAAUGAGACUAAAGCAGCUGAGAAUUUUAAUUUGACUCGCAUCGUCAUAGAGGCAAUUCUUUAUUGUGGACCAUCUUUUGUCUGCGACAAAUCCUAUCUAGCCCACUUUAAUAUUUCAUACGAUGCCGAAACGAAAUUCAGCGCCUGUGGCCCAUGUCAUUGUAACGAAGCUUGCGACAUGACCACAAACGAAUGUUGCCCUGAUGUAUAUUUCAAAUAUGGCUACAUGAAAUGCGAAGACCUCUCUUUAGUCAGAGGAAACAGACAGCCAAAAUUUUAUUCUGUCAUUAGUACAUGUCAAGGGGAUACUACUUUUAAUUUGUCCAGAAACUGUUCUCUCGAGCGAUCAUCAGAAGAGCUUAUUCAAACACCGCCCGUGACGAGCGAUAUCUCUAGAAGAACUUACAAAAAUAGGUAUUGCGCACUCUGUAAUAAUGUUACAGACUUUCAAGAAUGGACCUUUAAGUUGAAUUGUCAGAGAGCUACUGAUUUCAAUUACAUAUCAACAUACACGGAAAUCAUCCAACUGGCCAAAGACAGAAAUUGCGACAUUCACUUUUCUGCGACGUCUUUGUCUAUUCAAACGUGUCCCAUGUUAAACGAAAAAAUGAUUGCCUCGUGCAACGUAUCAGGAACCUGGCAAGUAUACGACGAAAUGAUAGAAUUAGCUUGUCUUAGCGGUUAUCACACUUCAGUAAAUGGUUACAUUGGAUUUUCAUAUCGUUACGGCUUCAAAAACAUUUUCUGUGCAAUGUGUAACCCCCCAAAAUUUGACCUAAAAAUGUACAGAAAAACUUGUACGGACACUAACAGUAUAUACUACGCUGCUUGCAAAAAUAACCCAAUUGUAGAGGCAAGUUUUCCGUUCAGGAACCACUUUUGUCUGACUUGCAACAAUGGUGACCAAAAAAAUGUUUUACAAGAAAUGCAUAUCGAAAAUAUUGAGGAGUCAUAUGAAACAUCAAAGGUGCAUCCAUUUGUCACAAAGUUAGGUUUCAGUUUUAAAAGUAAUUACCUGAAGGAGUAUGUAAACCGGAAGACGAGUGAAUGGUAUAACGUCACUCAGCAUUAUUCACAUCUAGUUUCAUUUCCUGUAAACGUUUCUCGUCUUGUGCGUUCAAACUUUGCUCUCUUGGGAGAAGGUUCUUGUAACAAGAACUUGUUACCAAAUUACACCAUACCUUUACAACGUACAUGCUCCUGUGAUAUUGGUUGCACGAUCGACUGCUGUGUCGACUUUGCUUUAAUACAGCCAUGGACUUGCAUUGAAGAUCAUUAUCCUUUCCAAAAUGUAGUACCUAGUUCAGAUGAUACUAGGUACUUGACAAUUGGGGGGUGCUUAAGAAAACACGACAAUGUCGAGCAUUUAUGUAUUAACCGUAACAAAUCUGACUUUUACCAAAUGCUUCCUAUUACAUCACACUUUGAACAUGGAGAAACGUAUGCCAACAUAUUUUGCUAUCUAUGUAACCAAAAUGAAGUUGAUGAUAAAUCAAUCGAGAGCAUUACCACUGAUACAAUGCUGUGGUGGUUGAUUACAGAAUGCAAAGGAUAUAUAAACCAUAAAUACUUUUCAAUGUUACAAGACUAUUUGAAUUUUGCUGAAUUGCAACACUGUUGCAUAAAAUUCAAACCCAUUUCAAAUGCAGUAUCCUGCAAGACUAAAAACUCAAGUUUGGAUAAUAACAGUAUAGUCUCCGAAUGUAAUAGCUUGUCACCGUCUGAUGAAGAUCUUAAAUAUGCUUGUGAAAAAGUUGAUGAAUAUCGGUUUCCAAAAAUGAAACUCAACGGAACAAUUUACAAAAACAAGUUCUGCAUUGCUUGCAACUCCAUCAAGACACAAAUAAGUGAUGCUUGUGAAGUGUCAAGCAAUUUAACCUCCCUGCUCAAUAAAGCUUGCCAAGAGUUUCCAAAAAUGGCCGUUUGUUCCAAUUACCGAAAUAUUUUUUGUGAAACAUGUGCCGUCGGAACUCUUUCAGAUUGUUUAUCAAUUGAUGAGGAGGAUGGAGGAGGGACUCAUCCAAUAGUGACUACCCCUCCUCCAAUCAGAGUUUUUUCAUUUCGUUCAAUGUUUUCUAUCUUGGAUUAUGACAAAGAACCUUCGAUCAGUUCUAACACUCUAUCCUGUACACCAGAUCAAGUCUAUGAUGGAUAUUACGACACCUGUCAGAAUAUCAGCUGUUUUCCUGGAAAGGUAAUGGCUAAUGGAAGCUGUCUGUCGAUACUUACUAAAACGACAAAUCUUCGAUAUACGAUUGCUUUAAAAACCAAGUUCAACAAUAUUCCAGUUUCGAACUUUUCGGUAUAUCAUCAUAUGAGAGAGAUACGUCAGUUUUUGAUAAAAAGAAUAACACAAAGAGUAAAACAUAAUUUUCUUGUUGAAAAUGUGUUAGUUGUUGCCUUCGUAAAAUGUAAUUCGAAAGUGACCAAAUCAUCUGAGUUCUAUGUUUACUUAAAUAUUUUCUUUCAGUCCUAUGUUAAUCGCCAAAAGCUCGAAGAUUCUUUGAUAACAUUUACAAACAGUUCAUUUGCAAUGCCUUUUCAUUACUCUAACAUCUGGAAUGUUCAACUGGUGGAAAACCAGUUUGCGCUAUUCCUACCAUCCUUAUUGUGGAAAUCCAACUCAGAAAAUAGCUGCUGGCUUUUUCCAGAGGAGUUGAAACAUGGUGAUCCUGUUUUCCGCAAUGUUUUUGUUGAUUCUCUUUUAACGUGUCCUCAAAUACUUAUGAAAGGCAAUGCAUUUGGAGUCACGUGGGAAAAUAUCAAAACCGGUUUUUCGUUCGAAGGACUAUCUUUGAAUUUUCAUCAAUUCAAUAAUUUCGACGGUAAUGGAAAGAGAGUCUGUGUUCGAGACAUUCAACAUUACAUUGAACAUUAUCAAAAUUUUCAAAAUGAAGAUAUUGGUAAGAUACUAUUAACAAUCCUAACCAUCGUUUGCAUAGGAAUUUCUCUAGUAUGUUUAGUGUUAACAUUUGCGACUUAUAUGACCUUCCCGAGCCUAAGGACUAUUCCUGGACUAAACAACGUGUUUCUUAUAGUCUCGUUAUUUACAGCACAAAUAAUGCUUCUAGUUCGACAGUUCUCCACUCAUGAGGACUACAGUACACUGACCAUUGUUGUUUCGGCUUUAACUCAUUUCUCAUGGCUGUCCACCUUCCUUUGGCUCCAAGUUUGUUCUUAUCACAUGUUUGUAGUGUUUACCUCCAAACUAAGAAAGGAAUCCCGAAAAGAUAGCCCAGAUAAAAAUGUUGUCAAGUAUGCAGUGUAUGCUUAUGGUGCGUCUUUAGCUAUCGUAUUGCUAAAUAUAGUUAUAUCUCUCAUCACAACUUCUGGAAGAGAUACAGGAUACGACAAAAUUUCUACAUUGUUUACAUACAAAAUUGCUUACAUUGUGACUUUUAUUGCUCCUUUAGUAUAUGUUUGUGCGACUAAUAUGAUAUUUUAUAUUGCAACCAUAUACAAAAUAAAAUCAUGCCCACACGUCGAUAACACUUCGGGUAAUAGGGUCCACUUUGCAGUGUAUAUCAAAUUGUUUUCGCUUACAGGUCUUACAUGGAUUUUGCAGAUUAUAGAUGCGUUUCUUGUCGUUUCGGUUCUUUCGUAUUUCGUGACUGUUUUGAACGGCUUACAGGGAUUGUUUAUCUUUAUUAGUUAUGUGUGUAAUAUCAGAGUUAUGAAAAUGUGGAGAAAAAUUUGUUCGCCUUCACUAUUUAGACCAACUCAUUCACAACUUACGUCAGAUAAAUCUGAAACUACAUCCCUUUAAAAUUCUAGUCUCGAAUUAGAGUGUUUAUUUAAUGUUGUCUUUUCGUCUUGUGAAGAAUAUAUUUGGGGGUCAUGAUUUAAAAGUGGUUUUAUGGUCUAGUUUUUUGUUUUAGUUUUAGUAAAAUUGUGCAAUUCAUGUAUGUCCAAGAACACAAUCAUAAAUCUUUUGAUUUUACAUUACGUUGUAAAUCAGUUUCAAUUUGUAUAGCAUACUCGUACUUUUAUGCAUCUAUACAUUCAGUGAAAAAAAAUUGGUUGAAAAGAUAUUAUAAAACUAAAAUAUUUGAAUAAAUGGUAAUCGAUCUUUAUUUGAUUUUAAUUGGAAUUUAAUUAGCAAUUUGUAAAAUUUGUAUCUGUAUUUUAUUUUCCUGAUAUGUCCAUAUACUGCACCUUUUGCAGUUACACGGUUUAAUCAUAUAUAAUUGUAUUGUCCAGGUAAUCAUCCUUGCAUUUUGCUUCCGUAUAGGUAAAAAUGUUAAAAUCAACCUUGCAAAAGUUCUGCGACCAUAUUUGAGAAAAUAAUUAAUUGAUACUCCGCAUUUUAUUUUUAUUUAUAAGUCCUACUUUUAUGUUUUACUCAUUGAUUUUGAACAUCAUAUGUGGAUCAUUGCAUUUGAAUUUGAUAAAGAUUUUCACAGGGUUGGAUGUUUUGCAAUGUUUUCGAUAUCUCUAGUUUAUUUUUGGAAUUAUAAGAGAUAUGUUGUUUUAGAUAAAUAAAAAUGAAUGAGA